UCGUUGUGUGGCGGGUUCGAGACCCGCCUCCUAACACGCCUGUAGUCCCUGUGUCCUGGGCGGGGUGUGUUCACAGGGUAACCGCUCCUCGACGAGGGGCGACGGCACACCCUGUGCUUCACUAUGGAGGACUACCUGCAGGGUUGUCGAGCUGCUCUGCAGGAGCCCCAGCCUCUACAUGUUGUACUUGGAAAUGAAGCCUGUGACUUGGACUCCAUGGUGUCUGCUCUCAUCCUGGCUUUUUACCUAACGAAGACAGCUGAAGCUGAGGAAGUCUUUAUACCAGUUUUAAAUAUAAAACGCUCUGAGCUACCUUUACGAGGCGACAACAUCUUCUUCCUUCAGAAGGUUCACAUUCCUGAGACUGUCUUGAUUUUCCGGGAUGAGAUUGACCUCCAUGCAUUGCACCAGGCUGGUCAACUCACCCUCAUCCUUGUUGACCAUCAUGUUUUACCCAAAAGUGACGCAGCUCUGGAGGGCGUAGCUGAGGUGCUGGACCAUCGGCCCAUUGACCAGAAACAUUGCCCUCCCUGUCAUGUUGCAGUUGAGUUGGUGGGGUCCUGCGCUACCCUGGUAACAGAGAGAAUCCUGCAGGGGGCACCAGAGAUCUUGGACUGGCAAACUGCAGUCCUUCUGCAUGGAACCAUCAUUCUGGACUGUGUCAACAUGGACCCUAAAAUUGGAAAGGCAACGCUAAAGGACAACAAAUAUGUGGAGAAACUAGAGGCCCUCUUCCCAGAUUUGCCCAAGAGAGAUGACAUCUUUGAGUCCCUACAAAAGGCAAAGUUUGAUGUAUCAGGACUGACCACUGAGCAGAUCCUGAGAAAGGACCAGAAGACCAUUUAUAGAGAAGGCACCAAGAUGGCCAUUAGUACAAUAUACAUGGAUUUGGAGGCCUUUCUGCAGCGAUCUGAUCUUCUUGCCAAGCUCAGUACUUUCUGCCAGGCUCACAGCUAUGAUGCCCUGGUCGCCAUGACUAUCUUUUUCAGUGCUCACAGUGAGCCAGUGAGACAGUUGGCUAUUUUCUGUCCCCACAUGGCGCUUCGAAUGAUGAUCUGUGGAGUCCUGGAACGUUCCCACUCCCCGGCCUUGAAGCUGACCCCUGUCCCAACCACCCUCCCUAACCUCCAAGCCUAUCAUCAAGGCAACACCCAGGUCUCUCGAAAGAAACUUCUGCCUCUGCUCCAGGAAGCCCUGUCAGCAUAUUUUGACUCCAUGAAGAUCCCUUCAGGGCAGCCUGAGACAACAGUGGGUGUGUCCAGGGAACAGGUGGACAAGGAAUUGGACAGGGCAGGUAGUUCCCUGAUUUCUGGACUGAGCCAAGAUGAGGAGGACCCUCCACUGCCCCCAACGCCCAUGAACAGCUUGGUGGAUGAGUGCCCUCUGGAUCAGGGGCUGCCUAAGCUCUCAGCUGAGGCUGUCUUUGAGAAGUGCAGUCAGAUCUCACUGUCCCAGUCUACCACUGCCUGCCCAUCAAAUAAGUGACUUUUGGGAGGGGAGGGAAUCAUGGGAGAGGUGGCUUGACCAACCUCAAAUGCAUGCUUUGAGAUGUUUGGCAGUUUCAGCAAUUGUGUCUUCAUUACUCCAGGACCUGGUUCCCAUAAAACUGUGAUGAGAAAGAAGGGAAAGAAAGCAGCUGCUUUAAGAAUGGCUUUCUUGCCUUUUCCUUCCAAUCUCUACCAACCAGACAAAUUUUAUUAUUUAAUUUUAUUAUUAAAAAUCUGUACUGAUUUUCCUCUAUUUCAUUUGCCAGGGGUACAAUGUGACAUACCUAGUGUCCCAGUAGAAGGGGACAAAAAGAAUGUAGACUCCAAAAGUGCCCUCAGUAAGGAUCAUUAACAGAAUCAAUGUCUGUCAUGGAGCCAGACAUUCAUUGCUUGUUUCGAUGAAUUCAUUUAUUAAUUUUUUCAUUCAGGUAUUUAUUGAAUACCUACUUCAAACUAAAUAGAAAAGAGAGUUUUCAACCUGUAGCAGAUUUCCAGCUCUAUGUCUGUUUAUUUUUGGUGGGACUGGGGUUUGAACUCAGGGCUUGGUGCCUACAAAGCAGGUACUCUACUACUUGGGCCACACCUCCAGUCCAUUUCACUCUAG